CCCGGGUGCAGCUACGUGCCGCACUCGACGCGGCGCACGUCCGACGUCCGGCGGCACCUCGAGACGCACCGCUCGAGCGAAAAUCAACAGCGCUGGGUGUGCUGCGGGGUGCCCGUGGCGCGGGCGGCAGAGUUUGGCAUCACGGACGUCAACGCGGCGUACUGGUGGAGGGGCUGGCGGAUGGUGGGUGGCUGCCGCAGGGGGUACAGUCGUCGGGACUCGCUCGGCAGGCAUUUCAAGACGUGCGGGUGCAAAGGGCAUGUGGACAUG